UGAAUGGUGGACAUUGGUGGAUGAGCUUGAAACCUCAACGAGUGGUUCCCAAUGAUUCCUCACUGGAUUUCAACACCUCAUCCUACCUCCUUUUCAACCCCAUCAUCUCUUCCUCUCCCACCACCACCGCCGCUGUUCCAACUCCUCCGGCCACCAUGGCAGCCUUCACAAACCUCAUUCUCAAACCAACUACAAACAUAAUUUCAACAACCAAACUUCAUGUUUUCACUUCCCAUUACAACCCUAAAAUCCAGUCUUUCUUUCCCACCAAAUCCAAAACUCACACACCACCACUUUUUGUGACGAAAGCCUCCGCCGGUGCCGCCACCAAAACCGACGACAACGGAGCUGCCAAAACCAAGAAGGAAGAAGACAAGGUACAACACAUCCACACGGUGGCGGAAUUCGAGGCGGCGUUACGCGACGCGAAACAGAAGCUGGUGGUGGUUGAAUUUGCCGCGAGAAACAGCAAACAAAGCAGCGAGAUUUACCCCUUCAUGGUGAACUUAAGCAGGACAUGCAACGAAGUCGUGUUCUUGCUGGUUUUGGGUGAUGAAUCCGACGAGAUGACGGAGUUUUUCAAAAGAGAAAAGAUUGAAAAAGUGCCUCAUUUUAACUUCUAUAAAGGGAUGGAGAAGAUCCAUGAAGAAGAAGGAAUCGGCCCGGAUCGCUUGAUGGGUGAUGUUUUGUACUACGGUGAUAAUCACUCCGGCGUUGUACAACUACAUAACAGAGAAGAUGUUGAGAAGCUAAUAGCUGAUCACAAGGAGGACAAUAAACUCAUUGUGCUUGAUGUCGGACUCAAACAUUGUGGCCCUUGCGUGAAGGUAUACCCGACGGUGCUAAAACUAUCGAAAAAAAUGGAAACGGUGGUUUUUGCAAGGAUGAAUGGUGACGAGAACGAUAGUUGUAUGCAAUUUUUGAAAGAUAUGGACGUUGUUGAGGUCCCGACCUUUUUGUUCAUAAGAGAUGGAGAAAUCUGCGGGAGGUAUGUUGGUUCGGGUAAGGGUGAGCUUAUUGGGGAAAUUCUUAGAUACCAAGGAGUUCGGGUCACGUAUUAACUAGUUCGGUAGAUUAAAAGGAAUUGAGUACACAUGUUUUAGUAAAAAAAUGUAUUGUGUAACAUUUAAGUUGCUAUGUAUUUUUGAACUUUAUGGACCGUGCUUAUGCAUU